CAUCGUCCUGUUUGAUUUUGUCAUAUGGUUUAUUUUGACAGAGUGUUGUCAUUCCGCGCAUGCUUAUUUUAAACCAGGGUAUCCAAACGCAUACAGUAUACAAAUGAAUACAAUUGGUUGCUGCGUCACCUCGAAGAUCUGGACAAUUUUACUUGAGUAUAAUAAGAGAAGCGCAGGCUUACAAACGUAAAUGAACACUGAAUUUUGAGGUGUACAGGCAGUUUUGUUUUCAGUUGAAAGUGUACGAAAGAUGGCGCCAUUGUGUUUAUUCUUUCUCGCCUGCUAUUUCUAUCCGUUACCUGCUGUUUCAGUUGAUAUUAAACUAUUCGGCGCAACCGUGCAAUUUUCAGGUCAAAAUUCGUGUUUCAAGGCUGAUGAUCAGUCAAGAGGCUGUAAAUGCGACACAGUGUGUGUAAAGUAUCAAGAUUGCUGUCUUGAUUAUGAAAUAUGGCAAGCGUCAAUCUCCAAUUUUUCAGUUGAUGGGAAAAUAAGCAAUACAAGUAUUUCAAAUUGGAAGGAUUUUAUUGACUCGAUCAAUCCACAAAGUGAGUCGUUGAGUGUAGAUUUAUUCCCUGAAACGUUGAACAAAAUUGAAAAUCUGGUUAUGGGGAGAAAGAAAAAUCUUGUGGAAUUCAAGUGCGAGGCUAAUAUAGUCAGUUGUAAGAACACUACAUGUAACGUGCUUAACAAGAUUAAAAUACUAACAGUUGGAAGUUGCAACAAACAGCAUGACUAUAAAGCCUGCGCAGUUGGUGAAUCUGAUUUUCUUGUGUAUGAUAAGCUUACAGAACUAGUUUUCAUAAAUGAGUACUGCGCGCAGUGUAAUUCCAUUGACCCCAGUCGUAUUAUACCAUUCGUAAAAAUCUUCAAUUUUCAGGGUACAGGCCUAAACGACAGAUUUUUGAACGCCUUAGAUCUUGAAGAUACAAACAAGACAAUGCAGAUUAUAGAAAAUGCGAAUCCUUACAAGUAUCAAGUUUUACCACCGGACAUAGGGUACCGUCUUUGUGAACCAAAAAUAUAUGCGUGUGAUCAGCCAAAUAACGGUAGCGACUUAUUAAAUCAAGCUUGCCUAGCAUAUCAAGAUUAUAAUAAUCCUAGUUGCUUUGUCAACUCACUUUGUGAAUAUUGUGCUAAGCCUGAAUGUUCUCCUGAUUUUAAGUCUACGUCUCAAUUACAAAUAUCUAUUGCGAUCUUCAUAGACAGUACCGGAGGCUUGACGACCGUGUAUCCUACUACCCCAGAUGAUAAAUUUGAUACUGAUGAUGUUGUAUCGCUGAUGUAUAAUAAUAGCUUACCUUUUGGUGAAAAUAUCACAAACCAAGACCCCACUUUUACCGCCGACCUAAAGGAAGGCGUUACUGCUGUAUACCUAGAUAUUUCAUUCGCUAUAACUUUGACAGGAACCAUUUUGUCAAUCAUCAGUAUCGUAAUAGCUCUUUUGACAUUCUAUUUUUUUCCGUCGAUGCAGAAUACGUCAGGCUGGAUAAAUAUUCUUCUGUUGAUUACAAUCUUGCUCAGAUGCUUUUUGUACCUUUUAUUGUUAAUUGACAAGGAGAUUCCACCUGCUUGUAGGGCAGUAGCCAUUGCUCAGCAUUUCGGCCUUCUUUGUACUUUUUGCUGGAUUAACUGCCUCGGUUUGAAUAUAUUCCUCUCUACGAAGUCUAAACCAGUAUUUUCAAAAAAUGUGCAGAAAAAGUUGUUCUGGUAUUAUUGCCUGUACUCGUUUUGUACUCCAGCACUGAUUGUUAUUUGCUGUGUUGCAGUGGAGUACUCAUCGAUAGAGGUCGCUACAAUAUACGAAUAUACUAACUGUUUUUUGACGAAUAAAGCGAUUAAAUUGGCCUUCAUUGUACCAAUUUCUGUAAUGAUGCUCGUUAACGCAACAUUGUAUGCGAUUAUAAUAAGAAAUGUUAAGAAGAAAUCACAUGUGAAAAAAGAAGAAUCUGCUGGUGCAAAGAAUAAGAGACGUAGAUUUGAAUUCAUCCUAAGCAUUAAGAUUAUGCUCGCAUUUGGAUUAUACUGGCUCUUUGGCAUCAUCGCAACAGUUAUCGUUGAAUUACGACAAGGAGAAACAACAACUGCCAGUUUGGUGUUGAACAUGUUAUUCGUGUUUACGGGCUCCAUGCAAGGUGUGUUUGUGUGCGUCGCAGUUGUUUUUAACAAAAGGGUCGUAAAUAUGUGGAGGCAGAAACUAAAAAUACCAAAACCGAAAAUGCACGCACGUUUGAAAAUGGAGGAGUAAUUUUAAUGCGAAUGAAGUUUGCCCCUGACGUGUUAUCGUACUGAAUGCUCAUCAACGAGUUCCAAAAUGCUUGCGAAAAAACUUUUUUUUAAAAUGUUCAAUGGUCAUAUAUUUAUAUACUGUAGUGCCUUCCACAGAAAACCGUCUCAAGGCGCUUCGC